AUGAUGUACUCCAAGACCGCCCUUCUUCUCCUCAUUAGCUCUGUGAGCUUCACUCUCGCCGCGCCCGUUGAGGCGGAGCCCAUCGAUUCCGUGACCUACGAUCCCGCAACCUUUGACACUGAGAUGUCCUUUACCACCAAGCUGGCUGAACGCGCCGACAAGCACCUCUGCUGGGGAUGGUGCCAGGUCAACAUCAGCGGAGGACCUUGCAACUGGUACUGCCCUGCCGGUAUCGCAUGCAAGCCCCAGAACAACAGGGGUAUUGGCUGAAGCCUUGAUGUAGCGACUACUAAAGCGGGCACUGCGCUUGUGGCACAGCGCCAACAUCUUUGA